AUGUGGCAGUACAACAGGACACCUAACUGUAACGAUACUGACAUGUGUCAGUAUAACAGGGCACCUAACUGUAACAAUACUGACAAAUGUCAGUACAACAGGACACCUAACUGUAACGAUACUGACAUGUGUCAGUACACUAGAACACUUAACUGUAACGACACUGACAGGUGUCAGUACACUAGAACACUUAACUGUAAUGAUACUGACAUGUGUCAGUACACUAGGACACUUAACUGUAACGAUACUGACAUAUGUCAGUACAACAGGACACUUAACUGUAACGAUACUGACAUAUGUCAGUACAACAGGACACUUAACUGUAACGAUACUGACAUAUGUCAGUACAACAGGAUACUUAACUGUAAUGAUAUUGACAUGUGUCAGUACACUGGGACACUUAACUGUAACGAUACUGACAUGUGUCAGUACAACAGGACACUUAACUGUAACGAUACUGACUUGUGUCAGUACAACAGGACACUUAACCGUAACGAUACUGACAUGUGUCAGUACACUAGGACACUUAACUGUAACGACACUGACAUGUGUCAGUAUAACGGGACACCUAACUGUAGCGACACUGACAUGUGUCAGUACACUAGGACGCUCAACUGUAACGAUACUGACAUGUGUCAGUACACUAGUAAUCUUAACUGUAACGAUACUGACAUGUGUCAGUACAACACGACACCUAACUGUAACAAUAUUGACAUGUGUCAGUACAACACGAAACAUAACUAUUACGAUACUGACAUGUGUCAGUACACUAUGACACUUAACUGUAACGAUACUGACAUGUGUCAGUACAACACGAAACUUAACUAUUACGAUAAUGACAUGUGUCAGUACACUAGGACACUUAACCGUAACGAUACUGACAUGUGUCAGUACACUAGAACACUUAACUGUAACGAUACUGACAUGUGUCAGUACAACAGGACACUUAACUGUAAUGAUACUGACAUGUGUCAGUACACUAGAACACUUAACUGUAACGAUACUGACAUGUGUCAGUACACUAGGACACUUAACUGUAACGAUACUGACAUGUGUCAGUGGACUAGGAUAUUUAACUGUAUUGGUACUGACAUGUGUCAGUACACUAGGACACUUAACCGUAACGAAACUGACAUGUGUCAGUCAGUACAACAGGACACUUAA